AUGGAGACAGCCCAGCGCAGUACUGGCCAUCUGCAAGAUCAGGUGUUCUGUACGUUGGAGGAAGAAAGCAGUCUUUACUUCACCUACAGUGGCAAACCCAACCUUAUCCAAGUGCGGGACCUCAGUUAUGAGGUGAAUAUCGCAGCACAGAUUCCCUGGUAUGAAAAACUGGCAGAAUUACAAAUGCCAUGGGACUGGAACUCAAGUUCACAUGGACAAAUAAUAGCAUUGAAAAAUCUAAACCUUAUGGUCAGAAGUGGGCAGAUGUUGGCUAUUAUAGGGAGUUCUGGAUGUGGGAAGACAUCUUUACUUGACAUCAUCACUUGCAGAGAUGCAGGAGGGAAAAUCAAAUCUGGUAAAAUAUUGAUCAAUGGAACACCAGUCAACAGGCAACUGGUUAAAAAGUGCAUUGCCCAUGUACGACAGGAUGACCGAUUAUUACCCAACCUCACUGUAAGAGAAACAUUUACAUUCGUUGCAAAGUUACGUCUUCCAAGAGACUUUUCUGAAGAACAGAGAAACAAAAGGGUAGAGGAUGUUAUAGCGGAACUCCGACUGAGACAAUGUGCAAACACUAAAGUCGGGAAUAACUUCACACGAGGGGUCUCUGGAGGGGAGCGUCGUCGAGUGAGCAUUGGAGUUCAGCUUCUGUGGAAUCCUGGUAUUUUAAUACUGGAUGAACCAACUUCUGGAUUGGACAGUUUUACGGCACACAAUUUGGUCAUGACUCUUUCAAGACUUGCCAGGGGCAACCGAUUGAUUGCCAUGUCAAUCCACCAGCCGCGGUCAGACAUAUUCCAUUUAUUUGAUCUGGUCGUUCUCCUCUCUUCAGGAUUAACAACAUAUUGUGGAACAGCUAGGGAUAUGAUUCCCUACUUUACCUCCAUCGGAUACCCCUGUCCAAAGUAUUGCAAUCCUUGUGAUUUCUAUGUUGACCUUACCAGCAUCGAUAGGCAUUCCGAAGAACAGGAGCAACUUACUCAGGAUAAAGCUGACAGACUUGCUUCCAUAUUUUGGGAAAAAGUCAGAGACGCAGAUGAUUACACAUGGAAAUCUAAUACCUGUCAGGCCUCUCCAAAUAAGAGCAACACUCUAAGCGCCUCCCUGACUUCUGACAAGAUUAUUAACAUUAACUCAGAAACUAUGGACAAAUUGGCUGGGCACUUCAGGCAGUUUUCUGUCUUAUUGAGUCGACAGGUUUCUAAUGACUUCAGAGAUUUGCCAACUUUAGCUGUCCAUGGAUUUGAGGCACUGUUGAUGUCUUUACUGAUUGGGUUUUUAUACUACAGUGAAGGUCACAAACAAAUAUCUUUUCAGGACACAGUGGCAUUGUUGUACCUGAUAGGUGCGCUCACACCGUUUGCAGUUGUUUUAGAUGUUAUUGCUAAAUGUCAUUCAGAAAGGGCAAUGCUUUACCAUGAGUUGGAGGAUGGGCUGUAUUCCGUCACUUCCUAUUUUUUUGCAAAGGUUUUGGGGGAACUCCCAGAACAUUCUGCUUUUGUAAUAAUUUAUGGCGUGCCUAUCUACUGGAUAGCAGCUCUCAGGCCCGAGGCCAGUCCUUUCAUCCUGAAUUUUCUGCUGGUGUGGCUGUUGGUUUAUUGCAGCAGAGUAAUGGCUCUGUGGGUCUCAGCACUGCUACCCACGCUGCAGUUAUCUUCUUUAAUAGGAAACUCCCUUUUCACAGUUUUCUACUUGACAGGAGGUUUUGUCAUUAGUCUAAAAAAUAUGUGGACAGUCGCUUCUUGGUUUUCCAAUAUAUCCUUCCUUCGAUGGGGCUUUGAAGGUCUAAUCCAGGUUCAAUUCACAGGACCUCUUUACUCUAUUAUGAUAGGAAAUCUUACCGUUCCAAUCAAAGGGAUAGAUAUCAUUGAAUCUAUGGAUAUGGGUGCAGAACCACUCUACAUGUGCUACAUCAUCCUAAUAGCCAUAUGUAUUGGAUUCCUGAUACUCUAUUAUGUUUCAUUAAGGUUUAUCAAACAGAAAUCAACUCAAGAUUGGUAAAAUGCAACCAGCACAUUUCUUUCAGACUAAAUCUCCAGCCAGAGUUCUGCAAAGAGAUGAGGUUGAAGUAAAUUGGACACCAAUCAAUGCUGUAUUGACCAUUGAUAUUGUUUGAAAUUCUGCAAUAACUCUUUGAUGAUCACCAGGAAUACUACUGUCCUUAUUUUGAAUUUUUCUGAACUGCAUUGAAAUCAAGUAACCCUUUCAGUACAUUGAUAUGGACACAGAUGCGGUAACUGACACUGUUGGAAAACAUUCCCCAUUUACUUGGAGACAUGAGGACUGGAUGAAGUAGAUGCUCAACUGUUGCAGCAAAAGGCAGUCUAGGCUGUCCCAACUCUUGUUGUUGCAUCCCACUGUCCUAUCUCUGGAGGAAGAAUAUCUGAACUGUUUUCCAGUUUUUUACUUGGCAUGAAAUCUGGAGCUGUUUGUUUGCUCAGGUCACUAUUAAAAAAACAGCAAAGCCUUAAUGACAUAAUGAACCUCAUUCAACAGCCCUCUUGUUUUACUGAUGAACAGCAGUUACUUUUCACUUGCCUUAAAGCUGAACCAAAAUCUCCUAAGUGCGAUCUGGGUGACUCCAAACUGGGGAUUUACAGAGUGCUAUAAAAUCACUCUUUAAUGGAUGCUUAAAAGGAGAACUUCCAUGUUUGCAAUAAGUAGAAACUUUGGGGGGGUAGAAAGGACCGAGAUGGCAUUGGAUUGUUAUGUGUCCAUCAAUCAGUGAUACUUUAAUGUGUACAAUGUUUGUUAUAUAUUAUCAAAUUUUAAUGUAACUAUUUAGCUUCAUGGUAUAAACAUAUUUUCCACAUUAACCAAAGGCAUUUCAAGCAGAGCUCCUGUUAUUCAAAUCAAUAAUUUAUUGUCACAUGUACCUAGGUACAGAGAAAUUCUUUGUUUUCUUACAAUACAUAAUUACUACCACAGCUUUACACAUUUCUAGAAUGCAACAUGUUUAACAACAAUUUCAAUGGUAAAUGGAGUAUGAUGAUACCAUAUAUCUAUGAUAUUUAUUACAUUCAGUGGGCAAUGUGAAUUUAAUCAAUGGACACACAUUUGUAUUAUAUAAAACUGUUCUGAUUACUGUGGAUGCAUGGCUGAAACUGAUGUGGGAAAUAGAGAGCACAGCUGGGCUUUGUCCAUGGUACAAUUCAUCAGGAGCUCUUAAAUUAUUCAAGCUGAACCCAUGAUAAGUGCCAUACCAAAGACUCCUUACAUAGUUUAUUUCAUGACGUAGCUUAACCAUCAGUGAUUCCAUUUCUUUUCACUGUCAUAGAAAUACAUCUCUUGAUAAUGGCUUCAGUGACCAAGAAAAGAGCUUUAUAAAUUACAUCCAGCAAAUCUAAACCUAAAUUGUGGGUCAUGCCACAUUGCCACUUCUACCAAGAUUGCCUGCAGUAACUCCAUCAUCACUUUUCAUUCAUCUCUCAUCAUUUUUCCUAUUCCUUGUAAACUGAAAACUUGCAGAUAUCAAAACUGUUGACUCACAGAACAAAAUUGAAAAUAAGUAAAAUAACAUUUGUGUUUUUUGAGAAAGAUUACUUUUUACGCAAUCAUUUAACGAUCAUAUGUUUCAGAAUACAUAUGAAUUGGAGAUUUUCUAACAAUAUGUUAGAGAUUGACAGAUAAAAAUGGGAGAUAUUAAAUUAUUUAAGAUAAUAAAUAUCCAAACAAGGAUAACAUUUCUCAAUUUUCUUCCCUUCUUUCUCUGAGCAGUUCAUAGUUCUCCAGGAGCAAAGGGCUGUGACAUGACAGAGGUUAGUUCUUCUCCAUGAACAGAGAGUAUGAGAGCAAAUUGCUCUUCUGUAGGAGCAGUGAGAUGCUGUGCAUGUGUGCAGCACAUUCCUGCAGAAACGCGUAGAGGUAAAUGCUUUUAGCUGCAUUGAGUCACACAACACGGAAACAGGCCCAUGAGCUUACAAAGUCCACAUGGACUAUCAAAGCACCUUUUAUACUGAACCUAUACUAAUGUUAUGUUAUUCUUCCUCUCCUUCCAUCACCUACCCCCUAAUUCUACAAUUUACCUACAUUCUAGGAUUAUUUACAGUGCCAAUUAAUUUACCAAUCUGCAAAUCUUUGGGUUGUGGGAGGAAACUUGGGCAAUCCUUUUUGAAAAUGGCUUUGGCCCGGAUAUGAUCACAGGGGGAAUCUGCAAAAGGAGACUUACUUGUCAAAUAUCCUGAAUACCAUACUUAGCAUGUAAGUCUUGUCAGUAAGUAUUGCUGACAGCGUCACAAACAAGAAUGAUUACUUCCUUAUUCAUGUUGCAUUUUCUAUUAACUUUGACCAUUGUUGGAGUCACACUCACUCAUGCGUAAGAACUGAGUAUUCAGAGAUGCUCACACAGGGAUAGGUAACUUUCACUUUGAAAAUGCAAACAGCCAUGAUCACAAUGAAUGGCGGUGCUGGCUCAAAGUGCUGAAUGGCCUCCUCCUGCACCUAUUUUCUAUAUGUUUUCUAAAAUAGGUAAGUUACAUACCAAAGGCAUUUUAGGUACCUCUCUAUAGUUCUGCAUUCUUUAAAAAUUAUAGGUGAUUUCUCUUCCAUUAUGAAAACCCUUCCAAUAUCAAAUUUGCUUGCAGAAAGUUCCAUAUCGGAUAACAUGAUUUUAUUAUUUUGAUUAUUAGACUUUUUGCCAUGAUGGAAUGGUUUAGCUAGCGUUGAAUACACAAAUCCUUUAACGGUAGUAUUAAAAAUCUGUUGCAUGUCAUAUUGGGUACUGCGAAAUAAAAGUCCAGAAAAGCUCAUCACUGUUCAUUAUGCCAUAUUAUGUUUUAACUUACUGCAAGAAGUUUGGUUCAUUCAAGAAAUGUAUAGAACAAAAAUGUAAAAUAGUUGAUGCUGAGUUUAUUAAUAUAAUCUGUUCCAUCACAGCACCCCAAUGUCAGUCAUUCCCAAGUCAGUGUUCCCUCUACUCUCCCCAAUAAUCUUCACUUCUUCAAUAUAUGUGGAGCAGGGGUGUGACUCUGACAUCUUGUGCUUACCAGACCGAUCACCUGUAAUGUCCCUGAUUUAAAUCAUAAAUUAACUCCAGCUUCAUGCAGUGAACUGAUUUUUCUGCUGAAACUCACAGCAUGCCAGGUCUUUCCCACGAGUCUUGCAGGUGGAAAAAAAAAGCAGAACUGCCAUCUACUAAAUCAUCAGCAGAUGGCAGGAAAGUAUUGUCUAAAAAUCUCUGCAUUCAGAUUUGCAGAAACACAUUGAAAAACACAGAUUGCAUUGGAUAUGUCACCAUAUAACAUUUUAAACUGAGAAGGCAUCAAAAAUUAAAGUAAUUUUAUUUUUUCCUAGUCAGCAGUCUAUUGCUUUGUCCAUUAAAACUAAAGAACAAAUUUAAUUUAGAAAACUAUACUACACAUUUGUACUCGGUACUCAGAAGCCCUUCUAGAUGUGUCAGGAUCAAAAUUCAGAAAUUUGGCCAGUGAAUGAUGCUCCAAUAGUGCCUGCCAGAAUACAUGGUGGGUAACAGCUCUUUAUAAUGGCUUCCUCUGGGCAUCAUAUUAACUUCCAGUUGGUGCUGCCAAAACAUGCUGUAGAGCUUUACAAUGUAAUUUGCUGUCCAUAGCACAUGUACAAUAAUAUGUAAGGGAAACUUUACAUUUCCAAAGCAAGCUUUUAAAUAUAUAU